GGAAGUGCUCUCUUCUGUAGCUGAUGUUCAAAUGGGGGCAAGCACAAUGGUCAGGAGAGUGACAGCAAUGUCCGACAACUUGACUGAUCAGCUGGACCAGGAUCUCAGGGAGUGCAGGUGGUUCAGCAUCCAAUGUGAUGAGUCCAUCGACAGCAGCAGCACGGCGCAGCUGAUGAUGUUUGUUCGGAUGGUGUUUCAAGAUUUCUCUACAAAAGAGGAACUUCUCACACUACUCCCCCUAAAAACCAGCACAAGGGGGGUUGAUAUCUACAACGCGGUGAAGGAGUUUUUCAACAACAGAAACAUACCACUGGAAAAGCUGGUGUCGAUUACCACCGAUGGGGCUCCUGCGAUGACCGGACGGCAUGCAGGGUUCAUCGCGCUCUGUAAAAGCGACCCAGCGUUCCCGAAAUUCGUACAGUACCACUGCAUCAUUCACCAGCAGGCCUUAUGUGCAAAGGUGAUCGGCUUCGAGCACGUAAUGACUCCUGUUGUGAGGAUCAUAAACAGCAUCCGUUCCAAAGCUAAACAACACCGAAGUUUCAAGGUGAUGUUGGCGGAGCUGUCGGCUGAAUAUGGGGACCUGCUUCUCCACACGGACAUCCGAUGGCUCAGCAGAGGACGGAUUCUGCUCCGGUUUUUGUCGCUGUUGAGGGAGAUCAAAGAUUUUAUGAAAUCUAGAGACGAAGACACAUCGCUGCUGGAGGACGUUGCGUGGCUACUAGACCUGGCAUUUCUGACGGACAUUACUGGAAAACUGAACAAUCUGAACUGUGCGCUGCAAGGCAAAGGUAAGACUGUUGCCGACAUGAUCAGUGCUUUAAAUGCGUUUAAAGCACAGAUGAGCAUUUUCUCUGCGCAUUUACAGAGAAAAAAGGUGCUGCACUUCCCCUCUUUGCAGAUGGUGCUGAACGACAAUACCUCUGCGUCUGAGAUUUUUGGCAACGCUGCCGAAAAAUACACUCAAGUCAUAAACAGGGUUGGGCAAGAGUUUGAGAAUAGGUUUUGUGACAUUGAUAAACUUGAGCCAUGUGUGUCGUUCGUUUCGAAUCCAUUUAUAAACGUGGACACAACGUCCAUUGCUGAGCAACUAAGUGCAAUGUUCAGCUUGGAUGCUGGGCAGGUGGAAAUAGAAAUAGUGACACUGCAGAAUGACAUUCGCCUCAAAGCCCACCAGGCUGCAGCAAACUUUUGGGGCCUUGUUGAUACUGAAAAGUACAGUGGUCUGUGCACAGCAGCAAUGAAGGUUGCCAGUCUGUUUGGGUCUACCUAUCUUUGUGAAUCAGCCUUUUCUGACAUGAAUUUCAUAAAAAACGAACACAGAACACGGCUCACUGAUGCACAUCUGCAAGACUCACUCAGACUUGCAGUGUCAAAUUACAGCCCAGAUUACGAGGCCCUGGUUGCCAGCAUGCAAUGCCAGGCUUCCCAUUAAAACUUAUGAAAGAUUGUGAUGGAUUAAAUAGGCCUAUAAAUACUUUUGUUUAAUGUUAUGUUGUUCUGUUUGAUGGUGAUUACAGUGAAAUAGAAAUAAAGUGCUGAUUUUGA